GCUUCGAACUGCGCGGCAUUGCAACUGACCGACGAUCGCUUGCCAAUUGCACUAACUUGCCGUUCUACGCUACGACGCGCGACGUCACACGGCUGCCAUUGUCACGCGAUGUGGCCUUACAAUAUGGCGGCAAUGGUGGCGGUGAUGGCGCGUAGCUGCAGCUACGAGAUGCGUUGGCUGCUGCUCUUGAUUGUGAUGUGCGCAGAUAUGACAAAUGGUGGCGUACAAGGACCCUUGGAGGGUUAUAAUUCGCUAGAUGAGCAUAUACUAACCAUGAGUACAACACAAUAUCCAGCCACCACAGUUGGCUAUGUACAUCCGAAGUGGAUAGAACCGUACUUUGAUCCGUCAACGCCGCGCAAUGUCACCGCACUAAUGGGCAAAUCGGCAUAUUUGAGUUGUCGCGUACGCAAUUUGGGCAACAAAACGGUUUCGUGGAUACGCCAUCGCGACAUACACAUACUCACCGUUGGUGCAUAUACAUACACAUCCGAUCAGCGCUUCCAGGCGACACAUCACCAGGACACCGAUGACUGGACGUUACAAAUAAAAUGGGCACAAAAGCGUGAUGCCGGGAUGUAUGAAUGUCAAAUAUCCACGCAACCAGUACGCAGCUACUUUGUGCGGCUCAACGUUGUGGUGCCAACAGCGACCAUCCUUGGCGGGCCUGACCUUCAUGUCGACAAAGGCAGCACCAUAAAUCUUACAUGCACAGUGAAAUUCAGCCCCGAGCCGCCGGCCUACAUUUUCUGGUAUCAUCACGAGGAGCGAUAA